AUGUUGACUGACGACAACACAAAUUUUGAGGCUAUCCCUGUUCGUGCAAGCCUCAUCCCUAGCCUUCAGAAGCCAGUUCAGCAGGUUCUUUGGAUAGGAUGCUCAGAUAGUUGCUUCGAAGAAACGAAGAUUCUCGAUCUUCUGCCCGACGAGAUGCUGGUACAUCGCAACUUGGGUAACAUGUUAAUUGAAGGAGACAUGUCUUCUGAAGUCACCAUCAAGCAUGCAGUCUCAACGUUAAAGGUCAAACACAUAGUGGUGUGUGGCCACUACGGAUGCGGUAUUGUGCGAGCAGAGGCACGGCAGGGUUUGAAUGGUCCUUGGUCAGGUCAAUUAAAUGCCUUGAGCUCAACCUUCAGCGAGACUAUCAGUCACCUUUCAGCCUAUCACAGAGACCGCGCUUUUGUCGAACUGAAUAUUUUCGCCCAGUUAAACUAUCUGCGGAAGUUUUCUGAAGUACACAACGCAACGAAAUCAAGAGGGCUCCAAUUGCAUGGAAUCGUCUAUGACGCCAAUACAGGAAAUGCAUUCAGGCUAGCGGAUGGGGAUCAUCUUUGA